AUGGCUUCAAUUGGGAUGUCAGACAUGCUUGGAAACCCCAUCAAUCUGAAUGGUGCAGCAAGGUCAACACCAUCAGCUUCUAGCCCUGCCACCUUCGAGACUGUGGCUCUCUUUGGUAAGAAGAAGGCAGCACCCCCUCCUCCUUCAAAGAAAGCUAAUGCUGCUGUCACUCCUGCCAAUGAUGAACUCACCAAGUGGUAUGGUCCUGACAGAAGGAUCUUCUUACCAGAGGGUCUCUUGGACCGAUCCAAGAUCCCACCAUACUUGACUGGAGAAGUGCCCGGAGAGCUUUGGCAUCGUACCUCAUUAAACUUCAUGCAAAAUGUAAUUAAUGGAUACCAGAGUCCUGUAAUAGCUGUUACCAAAGGAUGCCAGUUCUUCCUUGUUUCUUCCUCCAACUACUUGGAACUUCUUGCAAAUCUCUUGGACCGUGAAAAUUGGUCACUGGUUCAAUUCAUGUCAUUUUCUUACAGUGGAUAUGGCACCUCCAGCUUGCAACAAGUAAACAACUAA